AGUCAAGCCAAAGACUAAACCAAGUAAGCAAGAAAGCAAAGGCGAAAGUCAUCAUCAACCCCCAUGUUGUCCAUUAAAUGACCUUCUCUGUUUUCCAAACUACACUAUUAAAUGCCCGUAGCUGCACCAGCAGUUAAUCUACCCACCCACCCUCUCUCCCCCUAAACCCCCCCUUCCCUUUCUCAUGGACCUUCUCAACCCCAUUUUUCUCCCUUCCCAAUGUCCUCCUCCGUCUUCCGCCGCCAACCACCACCUCUAACCAUCACACCCCCACCCACCACCAACUCCAACUCCCUCUCUCAGAACCUCAGCACCAUCGGCCUCGGUUAUGCAAUUGCCAUAGCUCUUGGGUUCCUCGUUCUCCUCUCCACUGUCCUCCUUGCUUCUUACAUCUGCUGCCGUUCCGCCGCCGCCCGUCGCCGCCGCCGUCAAGCCCAACACAAUUCUCAAAACCUCAAUAAUAGUGAAAAUGGAAUUUACCUACCUCGUAUCAUAUUCGUAGCGGAAGAUGAUGAGGAAAACGACGAGGUUUCAUCACAGAACGCAACGUUGGGUCUUGAUCAAGUCGUAAUCAACUCGUACCCUAAGUUGGUUUACUCCAAAAGAAACGGUAACGGUAACGGAAAUGAUUGUCCGAUAUGCUUGUGUGAGUAUAAGGAUGGAGAAAUGCUUAGGAUGAUGCCGGACUGUAAGCAUUAUUUUCACGUGAUGUGUAUCGACGCGUGGCUGAAAUUGAAUGCUUCAUGUCCAGUUUGUCGGAACUCGCCGUUGCCGACGCCGUUAUCUACGCCGUUGUCGGAGGUGGUCCCACUUUCUCAGUAUUCCGAUGGCCGAAGAAGAGUAUAAUAUAUAAUGUGGACUUUUGAUAAUUUGGAAAUGUAAAAAGUUUUGUUGGAAUUAAAAGUUUCAUUUUUUGCCCUUUUAAUAUUAGGGUUGAAUCACUUUGAGUUUGUGUUUGUGUUUUUUAUGAUGAUUUUUUCUUGAUUACACAGAAUGGACGAUUGAGUAUCAA